AUGGAUUAUCAACUAGUAACAAAGCAAUUGGAAGCAUCCUCCCAAGAGAUCGUCAGACAUUUGGAUAUAUUUUCUCAACAGGCUACAAAAUACUUGUCUAGUCGAUCCAAUUUGGAGACUGUUGGAAAGAUUACAGCCAUUUCCGUAGCUACCUAUGUCGUUGCAGAUAGGCUAUACCAGGGCUUCUUUGGUCCACUCAGUAGUCUGCCUGGUCCAUUUUGGAGCAAAUUCAUCGCAUUUCCCAGAUUUAUAUUCAACAGACCUCGUGGGACAAGCUAUCAGCGUGUAUUAAGUCUUCAUGACAAAUAUGGAGAAGUUGUUCGCUUGGGCCCUACGUUUGUGUCAAUCGCUGAUAAGAAUAUGCUCAAACAAAUUCUCCUCACUGAAGAUUUCCCCAAGGCCAAGAUCUAUGAUGCUUUCCAAAAGAAGGGUGAUCACACCUUAUUCAGCACUAGAGACGUCGUUUGGCACAAAAAGAGAAGAAGACUUGUUUCUCCCGCCUUUUCAAUCAAAUACCUCAACUCGAUGGAGCCCCUCAUGGCCAAAGUAGCCACGUCGUUGAUCUACAAGAUUGAUAGCGAGAUUGCACUUCAUGGUGACAAGGACAACUACGCAAGUGUCGAUAUUUGGGGUUUAGCACAACGCCUUGCUCUUGAUGUCAUUGGCGAAACAGCCUUUGGACAAACAUUCAAUAUGGUCGAAAACAAUGAUCAUUUUGUUCCUAAAGCAAUCACAAAUGAAAUGAGAGAAACUGCCGUCAGUGUCUUGUAUCCUCUGGUCGCAAAAUUGUUUUUGAAAAACGGCGGUCAGCCUGAUCCUCAACUAAGAAAGUUCAUGACGGAUAUCAUCCAAGAUCGCUUGAAGAAGAGCAAAGAAGGGACAGAGCAGCGCAAAGAUAUCCUGCAAUUCUUGAUCAAUGUCCAGCAGACAGCAGAGGCUGAUGACAGCUUGACGGUUGACUCCAUUAUUUCUGAGACUACAUUAUUCCUGAUUGCAGGCUCAGAGACAACCAGUAACUCGAUUGGAUUUGCCUUUAUUCAUCUCCUGCAAAAUCCAGACACGCUGAAAAAGCUUUAUCAAGAGCUUGAUACUGUGGAUUUCGAACCUGGCCAAGUUGUCUUACAUCAUGAACAGGUGAAGCAUCUUCCGUAUCUCAAUGCUGUGAUCAACGAGACAUUGCGUAUGGACAAUGUUGCUGCUGCUGGUAUUUUUAGACAGGUUCCCAAAGAUACCAUGCUGGAUGGCCGCGUCUUUGUGCCUAAAGGUACAACCCUUGGCUGUAAUAUCCUGCAUGCCCAAAUCAACAGCAAGUACUGGCCUCAUCCUCAUAAAUUCAAACCAGAAAGAUGGCUCGAGAGCAACCAAAACAGCGGCGAGGUCAAUGACCUUGAGGCUUUCUUUACAUUUAGUGUCGGAACAAGAAAUUGUAUUGGCAAAAAUUUUGCCCUACAGGAAAUGCGCCUUGUCAUCUCCACCUUGCUCAAGACAUUUGAGAUCCAACCGAUUGAAGAAGAAAUAGAAGAAGCCAAAGAGCGACGACACUUUAUCACCUUGACUGUUCCUAACAGCAAGUUUAAUAUCAAGAUUAGACGCAGAGAAUAA